AUGGAUGCGGAUGCUUCGCUCGCCUCCUCCGUUCGUCCUCCUCCUCCACCUCCUCCUCCUCCCGCCGUCCCCGACGUCGCGUGCCAUCGCGUCCUCCCUCUCACCGCGCUCGCCGCCGCGUUCCCAUCCCACCCCGUGGCGCCGCAGAUCAUGACGCUCGCGGACUUAUCCCAGGACCUCGUCAACCCGCACGACUGCGCGACGCGGCUCAACAAGCUCCACGCGCCCGAGUUUAUCAUCCACGGCGCCGUCGUCCUCCUCGGCGCGCUCUGCGGGUGCGUCUCUCUGACGCUUCUCAACGCGCCGAUAGCGUACUACCACUACGCGCAGUACGCCGCGCACGGGACGCACGCGACGGACGUGACGACGGUGUUCGCGACGUUGGACGAGGAACGGCGGCGGAGGACGGUCAAGUGCGCGCUCUACGCCGCGGGGUGCGCGGAUCCCGUCUCCAUCUCAUCACACUGGUCCCCGUACGACCGCGUCGGUGUGGUGAACGCCGUCUCUUAA